UAGUGUCCUACUUAGGAAUCCCGCGUCUCCGAGGACACCAUCAGUCGGUAGUGUUGUCUGGAUCUGAUUCUCCCCACAUGUUCAUUCGUGAUCGGUUACGUAAUCCGUUUAUGCACAGCAGGGCGAUCAACAGGUCCCGAGUCAAAUACGUUCUGCGUAAUUGAUAACUCACAAAGAUUCAAUAGAAAGAAGGAAGAAGUCAAGAUUAUAAAUUUGGCAGAGAUUUUACUCGUCCUGACGCUCUGUUUUUCUCUUAUAUUCGUUUCCAUGUAAAAUCACAGAAUUCAAUACAGGAAAGAAGAGAAACGCGCAUAGACACAAUGACUUGGUUGAGAAACCUCAUUCACGUCGGGUCAUCAUCGAUCAAUCCCAGAACCAGGAACACAUCUUUGCUAUUUCUACCCACAUCUUUGAAGCAUUUCACCUCCGAGCCAAACCUUCAAGGCUCAUCUUCGAACAUCCCUCGGUACUCUGGUCUCGAGCCGACAAAGCCCGAUGAAAAGCCGAGGAUUGUGGUUCUGGGUUCUGGUUGGGCUGGUUGCCGUCUCAUGAAAGGUAUCGAUACCAAUAUCUAUGACGUCGCCUGCGUGUCGCCUCGGAACCAUAUGGUCUUUACUCCUUUAUUGGCCUCCACUUGUGUUGGGACUCUUGAGUUUCGAUCGGUAGCCGAACCCAUUGGAAGGAUUCAACCAGCAAUAUCACGAGCACCAGGCUCCUACUUCUUUCUUGCUCAUUGCAAGGGCGUCGAUACCGAUAAUCAUGUGGUGCACUGCAAGACUAUUACUGAUGGAGCAAAAAACUUAGAGCCUUUGGAUUUUAAGAUUUCAUAUGAUAAGUUGGUCAUUGCAUCGGGCGCAGAGGCUUCUACUUUUGGAAUCCAAGGUGUGAAAGAAAAUGCAAUAUUUCUUCGUGAAGUUUCUCAUGCUCAGGAGAUACGUAGAAAGUUACUCCUAAAUCUAAUGCUCUCUGAUGUCCCUGGGGUUUUGGAUGAAGAAAAGAAGAGACUUUUACACUGUGUUGUUGUAGGAGGUGGUCCAACUGGUGUUGAAUUCAGUGGUGAACUUAGUGACUUCAUCAUAAGAGACGUUCAUCAAAGAUAUGCCCAUGUGAAAGAUUACAUUCAUGUGACUCUGAUUGAGGCAAAUGAGAUUCUGUCAUCCUUUGAUGAUAGCUUGCGUAUAUAUGCCACAAAGCAGUUGACUAAGUCAGGAGUUCGUCUUGUCCGUGGAGUUGUCAAGGAUGUGAAAUCCCACAAAGUAAUUCUCAAUGAUGGAACAGAGGUUCCUUAUGGGUUGCUAGUGUGGUCUACUGGUGUUGGUCCCUCACCUUUCAUAAACUCUUUACAACUUCCAAAAACUCAAGGUGGAAGGAUUGGUGUAGAUGAGUGGUUACGAGUUCCUUCUGUGCAGGAUGUGUUCUCAAUUGGUGAUUGUAGUGGGUUUCUUGAAAGUACUGGAAAACCAGUACUUCCAGCUCUGGCUCAGGUUGCUGAGCGGCAAGGAAAAUAUCUAGCAGAUCUAUUGAACAGGAUUGGUAAAGCUGGUGGAGGACAUGCAAAUGGUGCAAGGGACAUAGAAUUAGGGGACCAAUUUGUUUAUAAGCAUUUGGGAAGCAUGGCUUCUAUUGGCAGAUACAAGGCUCUUGUGGACCUCAGGCAGAGUAAGGAGGCAAAAGGGUUGUCUCUUGCAGGAUUUAUUAGUUGGUUUAUUUGGAGAUCAGCAUAUCUCACUCGGGUGGUAAGCUGGAGGAAUAGGUUUUAUGUGGCAAUCAAUUGGGCUACCACAUUUAUAUUUGGUCGUGAUAUAAGCCGGAUUUAGAAUCAAGAUAAUGGAUUUGUUAAGGUGUUAUUAGAUGAUCAGCGUACAUGAUACUGCAACCUGUGUGAUCAGCUGGAGAAGUGAAUUCAGUGUUGUCAAUCAUUUGGAGUUUCCACGUAUGAUCUAGUGAAGCUGCAAUCCAAAAUUGGAAGUUAGAUAUAUUGUUUAUGCUUUUCAGGCGAAAUUUUACCGUGUAUAUGUUGGUAUAUAAUUUUUUUGCCCAACAUGAAAUAAAAUCGAAAAGGGUUGUUGGGCCCACUAAGAGGAAGGAGAUCAAAUUGACAAAUUGGAAAGAAAAUUACAAAUUGGAACUUGUCACUGAA